UUACAAAAUUAAUUAGAAGAAUUUAAAUUAAAAUUUUUUUAAAAAUUGGUAUCUUCCCUCACCAAUCAAACUUUUGUUAAGUUUGCUUCAUAUCAAAGCCAACAGCAUCUUUGACAGUUCACCAGUCAUCUCUCACUACCGACACUCGUUAAUACAUUACUGUCACACAACAACAGCACUCCUUUACUAUUAGAUCUAUCUCCUUCUCCUCCAUUUCCAUUUCUUCUUCUUCUUCUUCAAUUCCUCCCAGAAAAGAGUAAAAACCAUCCAAAAAUGUCUAUGUAUGGGAGAGAUCCAUGGGGAGGACCUUUAGAAAUAGCAGCAGAUUCAGCUACAGAUGAUGAUCGAAGUAGGAAUCUACAAGAUUAUGAUAGAGCUGCUUUAUCUUCACGUCAACUAGAUGAAACUCAACAAAGUUGGUUAUUGGGUCCUGCUGAACAGAAGAAGAAGAAGAAGUAUGUUGAUCUUGGUUGUAUUAUUGUUAGUCGUAAGAUCUUUGUUUGGACUGUUGGAUCGAUCUUAGCUAUUGGUUUACUUGUUGGGUUUAUUACAUUGAUUGUUAAGCUUGCUCCUCGACAUCAUAAAGCGGCUCCUCCUCCGGAUAAUUAUACUCAGGCUCUUCAUAAAGCUCUUAUGUUCUUCAAUGCUCAACGAUCUGGGAAACUACCGAAGCACAACAAUGUUUCAUGGAGGGGUAAUUCAUGUAUGAAUGAUGGGAAGUCGGAUUCAGGAUCCACAUUCAAGGACUUAAGGGGUGGUUUCUAUGAUGCUGGGGAUGCCAUUAAGUUCAAUUUCCCUGCUUCUUUUGCUAUGACUAUGUUGAGUUGGAGUGUGAUUGAAUAUAGUGCGAAGUAUGAAGCUGCAGGAGAGCUUAAUCAUGUCAAGGAAAUUAUUAAGUGGGGUUCUGAUUACUUUCUCAAGACCUUUAAUUCGUCAGCUGAUGAUAUUAGUAGGCUUGUGUCACAGGUUGGGGUUGGUGAUACUUCUGGUGGGAGCACAACUCCUAAUGACCAUUACUGCUGGGUGCGUCCUGAGGACAUUGAUUACCCCCGACCAGUAUCGGAGUGUUCCAGUUGCUCUGAUCUUGCUGCCGAAAUGGCUGCUGCUUUGGCUUCAGCGUCUAUAGUUUUCAAGGAUAAUAAGGUUUACUCUCAGAAAUUAGUUCAUGGUGCUAGAACACUUUACAAGUUUGCUAGAGAUCAAAGAGGAAGAUACAGUGAUGGCAAUGAGGCUGCGAUUUUCUAUAAUUCUACCAUGUAUUGGGAUGAAUUUGUUUGGGGUGGAGCAUGGUUGUAUUAUGCUACUGGGAAUAAUUCCUAUCUUACCAUUGCAACUCAUCCUAAAAUGGCCAAGCACGCUGGUGCGUUCUGGGGAGGCCCUGAUUAUGGUGUUCUAAGUUGGGAUAACAAGCUUACCGGAGCGCAAGUGCUUCUUAGUCGUUUACGUUUGUUUUUGAGCCCUGGUUAUCCUUACGAAGAAAUGUUAUCAGCCUUCCACAACCAGACUGGCAUAAUUAUGUGCUCCUACUUGCCGUAUUUCAAUAGCUUUAACAGAACUAAAGGAGGUUUGAUCCAAUUGAACCAUGGAAGGCCGCAACCUCUUCAAUAUGUAGUAAAUGCUGCAUUUUUAGCUACCCUUUAUAGUGAUUAUCUCGAGGCUUCUGAUACACCCGGCUGGACAUGUGGUCCUAAUUUCUACUCAACAAAUGUGUUGCGUCAAUUUGCCCGCACACAGAUUGAUUACAUUCUAGGCAAAAAUCCUCGAAAGAUGAGUUAUCUGGUUGGGUUCGGUAGCCACUAUCCAAAACGCGUACAUCAUAGAGGCGCAUCUAUACCAAAGAACAAAAUCAAGUACAGUUGCAAAGGAGGUUGGAAAUGGAGGGACACUAAGAAAGCGAACCCAAACACGAUAGUGGGAGCCAUGGUUGCUGGUCCCGACAGACAUGAUGGGUUCCGUGAUGUUCGUACUAACUACAAUUACACAGAGCCCACGCUCGCAGGCAAUGCAGGUUUAGUUGCUGCCCUUGUUGCCCUUUCUGGCGACAAGGGUGCUGGAAUCGAUAAGAACACCAUGUUCUCCGCAGUGCCUCCCUUGUUCCCAAACCCUCCUCCUCCACCCGCACCUUGGAACCCUUAAUGAGUGCACGGGCAUCAUUAACGAGAUGUCUUGCACCUUAGACGCCAUCGUAAGUUGUAUGGUUUUGUUGUGUUGGAUCUGAACGGAGUACAAGACCGAGAAAGCAAUAGCGAGAGAAUGUCUCAAAUGCAGAUCCUUGUGCUAGAGAAAAGAAACCGUACUUAAACUUGCUCGAAGUUGCUAACGAUGGAUUAACUUAGGCUUUCGAAAAGUUUUUUGGGUUGUUAAUAGUUGUUAUACUUCCGUGUAUAUGUAUGAUAAUAUUCGUUUAUGUAUUCUUUUGAACACUAAAAUACUGAACUUUUCAAACUGAUCAGUGGGAUAAAAAUCAAACAGAAGCAAUUCUUUAGCCAUUUUGUUCAAAUUGUAGCAAGUAACAAUGAUACCUUCUAUUAAUACAACUGAAUAAAUCUUGUUAUACUUCA